AUGGCCUUACUUUCAAAAUCAUUCAAACAAGAGUACUCUCUUGAAAAAAGAAAAUUAAUAUCAUCAAAAAUUAGAAAUAGAUAUAAGGAUAGAUUACCAAUUAUUGUCGAAAGAGCUGCAAAUAGUGAUGUACCAGAUAUUAAUAAAAAGAAAUUCCUUGCACCAUCAAAUAUGGUCAUAACUAAUUUUAUAAUGGAAAUUAGAAAACAUUUAGAUGAUUCCGAUCAUAAUGAACAAAAGGCAAUUUUUUUAUUUGUAAAUAAGAAUAACUUACCACCAUCAAGUCAACUUUUAUCCUCAAUAUAUGACGCUCAUAAAGAUGAAGAUGGCUUUUUAUAUAUUUGCUAUAGCGGUGAAAAUACAUUUGGUUCCGAUAUUUAA